GAACAACCGCAAGAACCACCAGAUUUUCCACUUCCACCUUCAAAUUCCUCACGAGAACACAUCAAAGGUCGCAUCUUUCUUCUUCCAUGGCGAUUACCCACAACCUCAAACCCUCUAUUUCCAUGGCUUCCCCUUCCGUUUCAUCCAAAACCCACAAUUCCUCACUCUUCUUUGGCACUGUUACUUCAACAGUUCACAGCCACGGAGUCCAGCCGCCGCCAUUGACAUUCAGAAGUCGCACUGCUACUAACUCGCAAAUCUUCAGCACCAGAAGACUCUUCCUUCCUAAGGUUUCCGGCAUCUGGGAUGCCUUGACUAGUGGGGGCAACAAUCCCCGUGAAGCCGUUGCGGCGAUUCGACGCGGGAUGGUGCUUUUUAGGCAGGGUGAUGUUUCAGGUUCACUAGCAGAAUUUGACAAGGCAAUUGAGUUGGAUCCUCGCCAAAAGGCAUAUCUUUGGCAAAGGGGGCUUUCACUUUACUAUCUUGAUAGGUUUGAAGAUGGGGCAGAGCAGUUUCGGUUAGAUGUUGCGCAGAAUUCAAAUGAUACAGAGGAGUCCAUUUGGUGCUUUCUCUGUGAAGCUCAGUUGUAUGGAGUUAACGAAGCAAGGGAACGAUUUCUUGAGGUUGGCCGAGAUCCAAGACCUGUCAUGCGAGAAUCCUAUAACAUGUUUAAAGAUGGUGGUGAUCCGGAAAAGCUUGCUGCUGCGUUUUUGAAUGGCCGUGAGAGUGAUUUUUUCUACGCUUCUUUAUACGCCGGACUUUAUUACGAAUCUGAGAAGAAAGCCGACGGGGCCAAACUCCAUAUUGUUGCUGCAUGCCAGUCUCCUUAUGGACAAAGGUCCGACGAUUACAUGGCUUCUCUUGCCAAAGUUCACUGUCUUUGUCGAAAUUGGACGACCAGUUGAAGCAUUUGGCUGAAGCUCUGUCAAUCUUCCACGCAAGUUGGUUUAUCGUGUGCAGCGACAAUCUUAAUAUGGAUGUGUGCUUUUCCUAGAAGAAAUUACUUGUUCUUUGUGUAAUUGUUUCGAUGAUUUUACUUCAAAAAGGGAUGAUUUUCAGCAUAAGAACAGACAAGUCUAAGGAACCUAUAAGUAAAGUAACGAUUCAAUCGGAUAUUACAUACUA